CUAAAUGCGCAUGGGCGGGGAUCUCUUAUUAUUGUAAGCGUACAUUUCUCUUGCAAAAAAUGGCGUCUAGUCAGGGAGGUGUGAGCGCCGUAACGGCUCCACAAAGCCAACACAUCUCUAACGGAGCUCAAUGGAACAACAUGGGAGUCAGCCAGCACCAGCACCAGCACCACACCGCCCGGAGCCUGGACCGGGCUCUGGACGAUGCCGUGUGCUCCGGGAUAUUGAAUCUCAGCGGCAGGAAGCUGAGAGAGUACCCAGGAGUGAGCUAUGAUCUUACGGAUACGACACAAGCAGACCUCUCCAAGAACCGCCUGACGGAGGUCCCGGCGGAGGUGUGUCUGUUUGCUCCGCUGGAGUCGCUCCACCUCUACCACAACUGCAUCAAGUGUGUCCCCGAAGCCAUCAUCAACCUGCAGAUGCUCACCUACCUGGACAUCAGUCGGAACCUGCUGUCGGUGCUGCCCCAGUACCUGUUCGGCCUGCCCCUCAAGGUGCUGCUGGUGAGCAACAACAAGCUGGCCUGCCUGCCCGAUCACAUCGGCAACGCCAAGGGGCUGAUGGAGCUGGACAUCAGCUGUAAUGAGAUCCAGGUGCUGCCCGCCCAGGUGGGCCAGCUCCACGCGCUGCGGGAGCUCAACAUCAGGAAGAACUGUCUACACAUGCUGCCAGAGGAGUUGUCUGACCUGCCGCUGAUCCGACUAGACUUCUCCUGUAACAAGAUCACAGAGAUCCCGAUAGCCUAUAGGAAGCUCCGACAGCUACAGCACAUCGUCCUCGACAACAACCCCAUGCAAUCCCCCCCUGCACAGAUCUGCCUGAAGGGCAAAGUGCACAUCUUCAAAUACCUGAACAUCCAGGCAUGUCGGACAGACAAGAAGCCUGAUUCCCUUGAACUGCCGUCUCUAGGGAAACGCUGCCUUCCUCAGGCGCUGACAGACAGCAUGGAGGAUUUCUACCCCAAUAAGAACCACGGGCCCGACUCUGGCAUCGGGAGUGACAACGGGGAGAAGAGGCUUUCCACGACAGAGCCCUCGGAUGACGACACGAUGAGUCUCCAUUCUCAGGUCUCGGAGACGGCCCGGGCCGACGCCCUCCUGCUACUCUCCAAGAUGGACUCCUGCAAAGAUCAGGACCUCUAUGACUUCGUAGAGCCCAACCAGGAGGAGGAGUCGGCGCUGUCGGAGGGGGAGGGCCAGCACAUGUCCUGCAUCAAGGAACUGGAGAAGGUCCUCAACAUGUCCCAGCAGAGCAAAGACAAGGACAGCUGGAAGGAGGAGUCGGGCUCAGAUAAGGAGCCGUUGGCGGAGGAAGACGAGGAUGAGCUCAAGGAGGUGCUGGACCUGAGGAAGAUCGCCGUCCAGCUCCUCCAGCAGGAGCAGCAGAAUAGGCGUCGCUCUCUCAUCUGUCGGGCGGAGAGUCUGAUCCACCGGCGGAGGGUGACGGGCCGGGCGCACAGGUUCUUAAGUCACUCUGGGAGCUGCAGCAGUAAGCCAAGACCUCCGCCCCAGGCCACACGCAGUGCUUCCCUGGACGAGGGCACCAGCGGGGUGUCGGAGCCCAGCGGACAGCCCUCCUCCUCCUGCUCCUUCGACGGGGGCUUGAAGUCUGAGCCCUGUGACGCAAAAUGGUCAGAGAUUCCCCCGCUGCUCAACCAGAACGAGGAGCGAAGGAGGAACAAAUAUCUGAGGAAGGACUACCUUAAGUAUGUUUGUCAGAGCACACGCAAAUCGUCCUCUGGCGGCAGCGACGACUGUGAGGAUGGCUUGAGACACGCAGAUUUCAGCACGGCGCUCACGGUGUUUGGGCUGAAGCCUCGUUCAGCAUUCACACGCAGCUCCCGGCAGGAGGUGACCUCCAACGACCCCAGCUUCACCAUGAGGAGGAAGAUGGAGCACCUGAGGGAGGAGCUGGAGCAGAUUGGCCUCCUCCGUCAGAACAUCGAGUCCAGACUGAAGGUGUUCCUCCCGGACGACGUGGGCGCGGCUCUCAUGGACGGCGUGGUGCUCAGCCACCUGGCCAAUCACAUCAGCCCACGCUCCGUCCCCAGCAUCCACAUGCCCUCCCCCGCCGUGCCCAAGCUUAGCAUGGCCAAGUGCCGCCGGAACGUGGAGAACUUCCUGGACGCGUGUAAGAAGCUUGGCGUCACGCAGGACCAGCUGUGCCUGCCCCACCACAUCCUGGAGGAGCGUGGCCUGGUGAAGGUGGGCAUGACAGUGCAGGCUCUCCUGGACCUCCCCGCCUCAAAGACCCCCCAGCUGGAGGCUGAUGAUUGACCCACCACACCAGGUGGGGGGGGGGGAGGGGCGUGGUCCGGCUCUAGCCACACACCCAGACCCCCUGCCUCCAGCCCCAGCCCCCAUCCCUGGAGGGGAGAGGUGGGGUGACCGUGGAGUGAUGCCAGGGGGUCCAGGGAACCUUCCUUUAGGAGGUGAGGACCUGGUUGUCAUGGAGAGGACCCCGGGUGGGGGAGGGAUUGGGGGGACUUACCAGCUGACUGAGUUGGAGGACAGGAGGGGGAGACUACACCCUCCAGUCUUCUCGUGUGAAGACAGCUGGCAGCAGCCAACUCCUGUUUUUAUUUCCCUGUCGUGUGUGUGUGUGUGUGUGUGUGUGUGUGUGUGUGUGUGUGUGUGUGUGUGUGUGUGUGUGUGUGUGUGUGUGUGUGUGUGUGUGUGUGUGUGUGUGUGUGUGUGUGUGUGUGUGUGUGUGUGUGUGUGUGCUAAAGUGGGAUAGACACUUGCCUAGGUUGACGCAAAGGCCUAAACUGUGGACAAUGAGUCCAUAAUAACUGCGUGUGCGUGCGCGUUAUAUCUAUUGCUGUCAUCUCAUACGUCAGCAGUAGGUUGUUGUACAGGUGAGCAAUCAGAGCUUUGAAUUAGACAAGAAAUUGUUGUUAUUUUUUAUCUUCAUUUAAUUUAUUGCACAUUAUGAGGCUCAAUGUAUGUUUCUUUUUCUUCUUAUUUUUGUUAUUUAUUUACCCUGUGUUGCCAAGGGAGACAGAAUAAAUGGGGUGUGUUUGCUGGAGACACACAAACCUGGAGUAGCUUCAGUUUGUCAACUCUAUCUUAUUUCUCGGGUAGUCUGUAAAUCAUGCCUACAAUUAGUAAUAAAUUCAGGGUUAAAGUAAAUAAACCACAAAAAAUAACUGCUGUUUCACACGAUAAUACAACUAUAUAUUCUGCUUUUUUGUGUUUCAAAAUGUUGUUGAGUUUCUUUUUAUUUGAUUGUCUUUCAAGCAUCUUUUGAGCUUCAGGUAAUUUCCCAAACUCUCAACAGUGCAGGGCAUAUUGCUUUUUAGGGUAUUGACAUGUUAAGCUCAGGUUAUCCCAGAGCACUUAUCUGUUACACACCUGUAAGUCAAUUUUACUCAGUUUCACAUCAUGUGUCUUUUUCAAAUAUGUAAAAAAAAAAAAAAAAAGUUUAUGAUAAAAUCUCCUCAUCUGAAUAAUGUUAUUUGAAUGUUUUCCUGACAAGCAAAACAUGCCCAUCUCACAAUAUCAAAAUGAAGAACGCAAACCUCAAUAAUCUCAGCCCAAACUAGCAAAGAGUUGAACACCUUAGGAUCAACAGAUAGUCCUUUUCCAUUGGCCCUUUUGGCAACAGUGAGUCAAGCAAUGGUGCGUUGAUUUUCAUUUCCAUUAGACCUCCCAGUUUAAAACGUGAUGAGUCAGGCCCAAGAUGAACCAUCUCCGGAGUCGGGCCAAAGAGCACAUUGUGUUCUUGUGUCUUGAGACGCGUCGUCAUGUAAGCUGAGUAUGGCUCAUGGUUCGGGACUGCUUGAUAUGUUGUUAUUUCUGUUGCUAUUACUGUGACAGCCUAAUUGAUGCACAUUAUGACGUUCAAUUAUGUAUUUAAUAAUAAUAAUAGGUUGGGUGUUUUGUGAGUGUACCCAAAAAAGGAGUAGCUCGAAUUUGCCAACCCUUAUCUUACUCCAUAUUAUGGACUCGUUGUUUCCCACGACUCUUGCCUUCCACAUUCCUUCCAAAAUGAAUUAGCAACAGGAUUGCAUAUUCAGGGGGGUUAGGGCAUUUUGUUCAAUGAUGCCUAUAGAUGUAAUGUAGCGGCCUAAUCUAAGGGGUUCAUGAUGAUAAAGAUACUAGCACACAGCAGUGAUUUCUGUUUGACCAUAUCCACCUAUCCUUCAAACUAAAUUUCUCAUCGCCGAUUGAAUUGUGUGUGAUGCUUCGCUCUGAAACAAACCUAAUAUACAUUCUAUUAAAUUCAAUGAUAAAUGGCCUAAAUGCCCAUUUAAAUGUCAAUGUCUCGAUAACAAAUUGAUCACAAUUGAAAUCAGGUUAUGAUAUAAAACUAAAUACAAUAAGUUAGUGUUGUGGCAUCAACUCAAAACAAGCGCCUCGUCAGUUAAAGCACACCUUCAAGCCCUGUUGUAAUGGAGAUGCAAACGGGCCACAAGGGUUUCCUUGUGUUUUUUCCCUACCUUGUUUGUUAGUUGUUUUGUUCCCUAGCAGCCCUGUCAGAACAAUGCAAACCAGAAAUGAUUCCCUGAAAUCAAAUAUUAUAUUGUAGUGACCUAAGCGCAAGAAUGGAAAAUAGUGAAGGAAGAGGCUGAGGUUGAUGUCUGCUUUCCAAAAUCAAAUCAAGCAUGCUGGGGUAACACUGACGUCUCCGACAACAAAGCCACCGUUGUCCUCGGGAUUUUCCAUAAUUUUAAAUUUUAUUUUGGCCUGUGUAUUAUGACAGUUUAAUUAUCAAUUUAUUAUAAGCAAGCAAACAAACAGAUGGAUAAACAGAGGUUUUUCUUUAUUCUACCCAACCUAAAAGCCUUGUCCUCUAUGACCACUCCAUGAAUAAAGUCCUGCUAAAACAGAAUAGCAUUUGAAAGAUGAAGACAGCUUAGAGCACUGUAGGAUUUCAAGAUGGAUGUUAAAUCAGCUGGCUUAUUAUUUGCAAACAAUACAUCCAUUGCAAACGUAUACAUGAGCUGAUCCACAAAGUGUCAGACUCGUCGUUGCUUGCCAUGCCUCCUCCACCUGCCAUCCCGCUCAUGUUUCCAGCCUUGGUAUAGGCGGGGGCGGGCAGACAAGGCCCUAUCCAAUAUUUAAAUUUAAACUGCAGUACCGCUUUUCAAUGCUCACUGUCAUCGCUACGAAUUGUACCAAAAUUCAACCAAAAUGUUGCCAAAAUUAUGCUAAUUGUACGAUCUUUGCAUUGUAGUUGAAUGGGUAUAACAAAGCCAGCCCCGUAAAACCUGCCAAUGUAGCCUACCCGAUAGGCUACCCCCCAGUGCAAUCCUUGGUUUUUCUAUUCUGUGGGUUGAUAUAAGAGGACACUCGGGAAACAGCUCCCCAGGCCAACUUGUGUGUCAGGA